CUCCACUGUGUCUGACUGUAAACAAUCAUAAAAUGGUGCCAGAAGUAAAAGUGAAAGAUGAUUGCACAUUUACUGAAUCUCCUCCCAAAGCCUGAAAGAUCUUAUUUAAAGUCGAAGUGAACGCACACUCUGCACUGUUUGAUGAACCCAGAGAAAGUGAUUCUGACGCCAACAUGAGUCAGGUUCAGUGGGCUGAAGAUGACUUCGAUCUGCCCCAGGGGGCAGCUCCACUCGGCCUCUCUGAGCCAGUCGAUGGUAAAACCUACAUCAUGUACCACGGGACCACGAAGAAGAACGCUCAGUCCAUCAAGGCCAAUGGGUUUCAGCAGUCUACAGGGGGGAUGCUCGGCCGCGGGGUCUACCUGAGCAGAGACCUGAAGAAAGCCAGCCGCUAUCCCAUUGGUCACCCUGAGUCUGACAGGGCCGUGGUCAAGGUCAAGGUCGAGGUGGGAAAAGUGAUCGCCAUCAACCGUCAGGGCCACCCUCUGCAGAGGAGCUGGCACGACAAGGGGUACGACACGGCCUGGGUGCCCCCCAACUGUGGGAUGGUGAAGAGCGGUUUGGAGGAGGAUUGUGUCUGGGAUCCCAAACGAAUCAAGGUCAUUAAUAUCAUCAACCCAACCCCAGUCCGAGGCCGAUCUGCAGAUGAGAGUCCAGUUGAUGGCCAAACCUACAUCAUGUACCACGGGACCACGAAGAAGAACGCUCGGUCCAUCCUGGCCAGUGGGUUUAAGCAGUCUGCAGAUGGGAUGCUCGGCCGCGGCGUCUACCUGAGCAGAGACCUGAAGAAAGCCAGCCGCUAUCCCAUUAAUCACCCUGAGUCUGACAGGGCCGUGGUUAAGGUCGUGGUCAAUGUGGGAAGAGUGAAGAGAAUCGACCGUCAGCACCACCCUCUGCAGAAGACCUGGCAUGACCACGGGUAUGACACGGCCUGGGUGCCCCCCAACUGUGGGAUGGUGCCAAGUGGUUUGGAGGAGGAUUGUGUCUGGGAUCCCAACCAAAUCAAGAUCAUUAAAGUCAUCAACCCAACCCUAGACCCAGUCAUUAAACAUGAUACUGAAACCAUCAUGAGCCGGUUCCAGUGGGCUGAGGAUGACUUUGACCUGCCUGUGGGGGUCUUUCCACUCGGCCUCUCAGCGCCAGUUAAUGGCAGAAAGUACGUCAUGUACCACGGCACCACCAGGAGCAACGCUCAGUCCAUCCUGGACAACGGUUUCUGCCAGUCCAGAGGGGGGAUGCUCGGCCGCGGGGUCUACCUGAGCAGAGACCUGCAGAAAGCCAGCCGCUAUCCUCUCCACCACCCUGAGUCUGACAGGGUCGUGGUCAAGGUCGUGGUCAACGUAGGAAGAGUGAUCGCCAUCAACUAUCAGGGCCACCCUCUGCAGAAGAGCUGGCACAACCACGGGUACCACACGGCCUGGGUGCCCCCCAACUGUGGGAUGGUGCCGAGCGGUUUGGAGGAGGAUUGUGUCUGGGAUCCCAACCGGAUCCAGAUCAUUAAUAUCAUCAAACCGCGCCCAGUCCAGCCUGAAUGGGGUGCAUGGGGCUACAUGUGAUCACCAUGAGCUGUUACCAUGUUAUUUCAUAUGUUCAAAUGUAUUUUUAUAUGUUUGGAUAAAAAGUCAAUGACGCUGCAUUUUGUCACUGCGUCACUGUGACCUGCAAAAUAAAUGAGUCCUGUUAAAUCUGA